CGUAUUCACAACUGAUCUAUGUUUCCGUUUGUAAUACGUCUUUUCGUUUGGUGUGUGAGACUGUGAUGGUGCUGUAAAUAAAAAAAAGUUGAAAAAUGCCGCAGAACGAAUAUAUUGAACGUCACCGUAAGCUGCACGGACGACGUUUGGAUUAUGAAGAACGAAAGCGGAAAAGAGAAGCUCGUGAGCCACAUAAAAGGUCCAAAAUAGCCCAAAGCUUACGAGGUAUCAAAGCAAAACUAUUCAACAAACAGCGAAGAAAUGAAAAGAUACAAAUGAAAAAGAAAAUUAAAGCUCAUGAAGAGAAAAGGACAAAGAAAGAUGAAGGGAAAGUUUCUGAAGGAGCCUUGCCUGUCUAUCUAUUAGAUCGUAAUAUCCAGUCAAGAGCUAAGGUUCUCUCAAAUAUGAUUAAGCAGAAACGUAAAGAAAAAGCAGGAAAAUGGGAUGUGCCAAUACCAAAAGUUCGAGCUCAAGCUGAUUCUGAAGUUUUUAGGGUGAUUAGAACUGGUAGAACAAAGCGUAAGGCAUGGAAAAGAAUGGUAACUAAAGUGACAUACGUUGGAGAAAAUUUUACACGGAAACCACCAAAAUUUGAAAGAUUUAUAAGGCCCAUGGCUUUAAGAUUUAAAAAGGCUCAUGUGACUCAUCCAGAAUUAAAAGCGACGUUCUGCUUACCCAUAAUUGGUGUUAAGAAGAACCCCAGUUCACAAAUGUAUACAAGUUUAGGUGUUAUUACAAAAGGAACAGUAAUUGAAGUGAAUAUUUCUGAAUUAGGUUUAGUUACUCAAGCAGGAAAAAUUAUUUGGGGAAAAUAUGCACAGGUCACAAAUAAUCCUGAAAAUGAUGGUUGCAUUAAUGCUGUAUUGCUUGUGUAAACUUGUUUUUGUAAUGUAAUAAAAUAAAGUUGCACAAAAA